UACCAAAAUAAAAACACAAACGAAGCGUAUGCUGCACUACGUAUACAAAAAAUCUUAUGUAUAGUCUUUAAGCACUGUUCUCACUUCUUUGUUAACAUGUUGUUCUUCCAUAAAACCCGGCUUCUUUUUAAUUAAAUCAAUAUACGUUCUAGCUUCUUGGUGUCUCCAAAGUGCAAUUAUAUGUACCCAAAAAAUUUGGUUUUGUUGCCACGUGAAAUUGUAUUCCAUCAACCAUGGGAACCACAUCCUACCUAACAUUUUUAACUGCGCUGAGUGUGUUUGCAGCCCUGUUCUCCGUAAUCUAUCAGGCCUACCUGGCAUCGAAUGAUCUGAAAAGUCUGACAACGAUUCUGCAGAAUCUCAAAACACUGGAGCAUGAGUUCCAGGUCGAUAAGCCGCGAGUUGCCAUCGGGUACGGAUCGUGUAGCGAUCUGUACGUGAAGGCAGUAGAGUUUCUCAACUUUACCGGCCGGGUCGAGAGACUGCUAUCACAGGACACUUUCAACGUGGACGAUAUCGCCAGCGAGGAUGACUUUUUGCGAAGUUUCGCAUAUUAUUUCCAGCGUGGAGCUGCUGCAGAACGUUUUACUGCCAACAAAGAAAUGUUUCAGCAUUUGGUAAUACUGGCAAAGAAAUCGCAAGCUGCGGAGCCCCGAUGGGCCCUCGGUGGAAACGCCCCAGUCAUUGGUUCCAGACUAGCAAUAGAAGGAGCAGACGUCGUAUUGGGGGCUAAAAUGUCGGCCAAGCUGAAAUCUCAUUUGAGACCCGAUGUAAGAUUAACCGGAAGCCUAAUACAAGACGACGAUAUCCACUUGAUCUUGGAGUACAAAACAGGCGAUGAAUGGGGAACGCUAAGAUCUCCCCGUGCGAAUCGUUACAUUCUCCAUAAUGACCACCACAACCCGUUCAUCAGUUCGCUGGAAGAGUUCGAACAAGCACUACCAGGAUUCAGCCCACACCUAUUUGUGGUCAGUGGCCUUCAGAUGAUGGAUAACUAUUUUUACGAAAAGGGUGUCCGCGAAGCAAGGAUCGAAAGGGUUCGUAACCAGAUGAAAGCUCAGUCCCAAGACACGUUAAUUCACUUUGAAAUGGCCAGCUUCGUUGAGUUGGAGUUGCUGCAACUGUUACUAAAAGAUGUGAUGCCAUACAGCGACUCUAUCGGCAUGAAUGAACAAGAGUUGGAUAAUUUGAGACAGGUUUUAGAAUCAGGAAAGAUCUCCCUUGUGGCCGACAGCAAUCCUCGUGUAGCUCUGUCGCUUGACCAGGCAAGAGCCGUCUUCAUAAUGCUCAACAAGGACUACUUCAAACAUCGAUCAAGUGAUCCCGAAAGGCGAAUGAUUUCUCGAAUCCAUUUGCACACGUUAGCUUACCAGGCCAUACUCGUAGUCAAAGAUAGCAAAUGGAAGCACACAAAAAAUGCAGCGGCCAAAGCGUCCCUAACCGCACAUCGUCACGUAUGUGCCAGUACGAUAGUCAAUCCGGACGCUGCAUACAGACUAUUGGAUGAUAGUUUCGCAACAUCUACCCAAGAAGGAGCCAAUCGUAUUCCAUUUUCCGAGGCAGAUCCGGUUUCAUGCUGGGACGAAACAAUCACGUUUGGCGGGCAACCACCGGUUGAGAUUCAUAUCUGCGUCGCACCCGUGCUGAUUUGCAAAGUUGCUAAGCAAACAGCUGGCGCUGGGGAUAAUAUUUCCGGGGCUGGAUUAAUACUGCAAAUUAAGUGAGAGAAAAAAAAACUAAAUAUCUGUUUCCUACAAUCAAGACUUCGAAAGUUUCUAUCGCUUUGAUUUAAACUAUUUUUAUGCUGACAAGACUUGUACAAUACAAAUAAACAUUCCUAUUUUGUGUAGAAAAAUAAACAAGUUAAUAAACGACUAUUCAAUCAUUA